CUUCCUCAAAUCUUCACGUUUUCAGCUUUUCUUCAUCUCUUGUUCUCUUUCCAAGCUUCAACUUCAAGUUCGGGACUUCAAGACUCAAAUCAAUAUGGUACGAAAAAAAGAUAAAAUUUGGGAGCAUGUUGAGGAGCUCCAAGGGAAUAAAUGGAAAUGUAAAUUUUGUCAAAAAGUAUUUAGUGGUGGGGCUUACAGAAUUAAAGCACACUUGUCGGGAAUUACUGGCCAUGAUGUUGAGAUUUGUAGUAAAGUCAAUCAUGAGACACAAGCAUGUGCAUUCUUAGCUAUGUCUGGAAGUGGAAGUAACAAAAAAUUAAAAAGUUCAGCCGGUUCUUCUACUGCUUUAAACUCUAAUGAUCAUGAGGAGGAAACAGAUUCACCAUUUUCACUACUUUCUAAGGGUAGCCAAAGACGUCAAAGUCAAGCAUCUUUACUAGAAAUGAAUAAGAAAAAAGACAAGGAGUUUGUUGAUAAAAUGCUUGCUAAGUGUUUUGUGGUGAACAAUAUUGCUUUUAAUGUUGUUCAAACUGGUGCUUUUGGAGAAUUUGUCAAGGCAGUGGCUGAAUAUGGUGCAGGAUACAAGCUUCCAUCUUAUUCAACUCUUCGAACUAAGUUAAUUCCAGAAUCUAGAAAAGGUGUUGAUGAGUAUGUUGCUAUGGUGAAGCAUUCUUGGGAUACAUCUGGAUCUGGUUGCACUAUAAUGUCUGAUAUAUGGACUGAUAUAAGGCAUCGAUCUUUUAUUAAUCUUGUGGCAUAUUCACCUGGUGGUGCAGUGUUUAUAAAAUCAUUGGAUGUUUCUCGAGAAAGAAAAACUGGGAUUUAUCUGAAAGAAAUUGUUGUUUCUGUUAUUGAAUCAAUUGGACAAGAACAUGUUGUGCAAUUCAUAACUGAUAAUGGUAGCAAUUUCACAUCUGCUGGUGACAUGCUCAUUGGAUUGUAUCCUCGAAUGUAUAAGACGAGGUGUGCUGCUCAUGGAAUUCAGCUUCUUUUGAAAGACAUAUAUGAAGAAGUUAAUUGGGUAAAAGUUGCCACAGAUGAAGCAAGAAUAAUAGUUAUGUUCAUGACACGGUACACAGUUCUUCAUGCAGCAAUGAAAGAGUUCACCAAAGAUAGACAAUUGAGACAACCUUGUGCCACAAGAUUUGCUUCAAAUUUUUUAAUGCUUCAAUCUGUGUUGGAUUUGGAGAAUGAACUUCGACUCUUUGUUGCUUCAUCUGAAUGGAGGGGUUUUGAUUAUUGUAAGACCGAAUCAGGUAAAAGGGUCACUGAAAUUGUUCAGAGUGAUUUUUGGGCUAGAGGAAGGGAGGUUAUAAAAACCAUUGAGCCAUUGGUUCGAGUUCUUCGUUUGGUUGAUGGUGAUGGAUCUACUGCUGGUUACUUAUAUGAAGCAAUGACGAGGGCAAAAGUUGCAAUCAAAGAAAGAUGUAAUAGUGAGGCAAGCAAGUAUGAGAGAAUUUGGGAAUUGUUUGAGAAUCGUCGGGUCAACAACAUCAUUCAUCCUAUACAUGCUAGAGGAUAG